UAGAUAAAGUCAUAAAGAGUAUCGGUGCACGCGGUGAGCCAAUAAGAGUUAUGCUGAAGUUAGCUGGAGUCGAAUUCACUGAAGUCUUAUAUGACUGGGGAUCUCAACAGUGGGCUGACGCCAAGAAAGACAUUUCUACAUAUGCAUUUGGAGCAAUGCCAGUACUUGAAGUUGAUGGAACGCCCAUUUCCCAGUCCAUGGCAAUAUUAAGAUAUUUAGGAAAAGAACUGGGAUAUGCACCUAGUGAAAAUUUGCAGCAAGCAAAAGCUGAUGCUAUUGUGGAUGAAUGUCAGGAUAUUGUCGGUAAAUAUUUAUGGAAAUAUCUUUCAGAAAAAGAACCGGAAAGAAAGGAAAGAGAAAAAAAAAAUUGGUUUGAAAGUAUUUUGCCCCGAGAGAUUGAGUACUUCGAAUCCAUUUUAAAACGCAAUGGAACCGGAUGUCUCGUUGGGAGUAAAAUAACGUAUGCUGACAUUGCAUUCUUUUGUACUUUUAAUGAUUACGUGGCGGGAGGAAAAGCCGACGUUCCAUCACAAUUUCAGAAUAUCCCAAUGGCAACAGCACUCUAUCAACGUAUACUAAAUGAGCCAAAUGUUGCUGCUCAUAUCAAGAGUAAACCUGCUACUUUUGUCUGACGAUUUUUAGUCAUAGGAACAGUAGCUUUGUUCUUGUCAAUCCGACUGUCCAGUACGAACUGUCCAGUACGAACUGUCCAUUUAAUAUAAUGUAAAGAGUAUUUUCUUCGACUGUGAGUAUUUCUCCUGAUAUUUAGUGAAAUAGAGAGGGGCGCGCAAAAUGAAGAUCACGUCAGCUAAGGACUUGACAAAAUCCUGCUUCGACUUUUACCUACGAAUUUUUUCGUAACGGUUCAUUGAUCGGUUUGCUUCUCAAAUUACGCAGGAAAGGUUCAGUUACGUUUAAGGCUACGCAUGGAUACAGUAAGU